GUUGGGAGGAGCUCUUUAAUAGUAGCUGUUGUUGAAAAGAUGACUUUUUCAAAAAGCACCGCAGAUGGCUCAACGCCUGGUGGACAGCAUGGGGGUGGCAUGUCCAUGCAAGGUACAACGGCUGAAGGAGACCCGAAUCUCGAUCUUCUCGUGACGGCGCAAGAAUCCGAUCUGGGCAGGGGCCAGGCUCUCGUCUCGAUGGGACAGAAUGCUAUCGCCAGAGGCACGUACUUCAUCAGAAACCAGUUUCUCAAUCUUCGUGGCAAUUCGGAAUUCGCGCAGGGGCAAGAGCGCGAAGUUCCCGAAGGUAGUUCUGAAGACUGAACCUAAACAUUUGUUUUUCGAACCGUAUGAAGAGGAAGAGCCGAACAAACAUAUAUAACAAUAGAGUGACUAAAUAUGCAUGUUUUUAGCCUGCCUUAUCGAUCCACCGACGUACGAAUACUGUUUAUGUUUAUCACGAGGAGGCUCUAAGUCUAAUACUAGGCAGAAGAAGAAGCCACGAUUUAUCACUUAUUUUAAGUGUAUGAUCGCCAAACUCAAACCUGAUUAUUAUUUCAUCUUCAUCCUCAGGUUAUAGCACUGAAGACUACGACGUUCAGUUCGUCCUUUCGACAGUAGCGGGUGUCAGUCGUCUUUACCAUGCGCAAUACAUUCCGUUAGGGUGCGACUGCAGUCUGUUGAAGGUAUACCCACAAGCCGUUCCUCGCGGGAUGGACGUAUACUCGCUGCUAUCGACCAUGUACAACUCAAAGUUCGCAGCAUUCUUGCCGCAAUUCGGGUAACAUAGUUUGUAGUUUCCUGAACAAGAAAGCGAAGCAUUAAUUAAAAUGUUGCGAUUGCUAAGAGAUGUUGUUGAAAAGGAAUUGUUUUAAUUGCGCGUGUGCUACAUGCAUUUCGUUCUACAACCUUUCGCUCAGGUGUGACUUCAUGGAUGACAACGAUUGUUCAUACGCGAUUAUAUUGGAGCCGUGCUAUCCAACGUGGAUCUCGCUUUCCGACUUUGUCACUGAGUUUGGGCGCCUCUCGCAAACAGAGUUGCGCUGUCGCAUUUUGGCACGGAUUUUUGCAAGACUAUUCGCGUUCAUGCGGCUAACGCAUGAUGAAGGCUGCAUGGGCUGGUUCGACUAUCAAACCUUGUUUGUCGAAGCAGGGUUUGAAAAUCUCAAGUUUUUUCAUCUAGGCUUCCGCCACGACACGAACCGAACGCGACAACAGAAGAUAAAAGACGACUACUUGCAAAGUGCUCUCGUGCUUGAUCGCAUAUUAGGCAUAGACACGGAAGUAGGUGCAGCAGGACAAGCGUAUCAGUCCGCAGACGAACAAACCAGUAGAACAAGUGGCGGCUCACCCACCACUAGAUUGAGUGGCUUGGGACCUCCGCCACAGUCGAUGGGUGCGAGUCCACGACCAGGAAAGCCAGGAAUUAAGACGCUGGGGAACUCGCCGAUUGGAGGGCUGUCCACUGCAGCAGUGAGUAUGGGAGCGCCACCUGCAGCCGCCACGCUGUUGGAAUACUACAACAGUGACAGUGCAGUUGGAGGGUCGGACCCAGCUGGACGCCCAUCCUCGGUGUUUCAUUCACCACAAUCAAGUCCGAUUAAGAUAAAGCGCAGCGUCAAGACGCCACAAUUGGAUCCGAUGAUGCCCAGUGCUUCCAUCAUGAUAACGCAGGAUGUGAACGACGCAAACUAUGGAGAGAACUUUCAAGAUCCAGGUCAGUACUACGACCGAGGGGCUCCUGGUUGCCACUACAACAAUGCCCCAGACGGCGCGGCAACCCAGCACCAGUUGUACAAUGAACCUGGGGGCGGUGACGGAGAACAGCGCGUUCACACUCAAGAUCUGUACCACGGGUACGACCCGCAGAUGUACAAUCAAGGCGCUGAUCAGCAACAUGCCGAAGGAGGAUACUGCGACCGACAAUAUCCAGGAUACCCGAACGCUGGUGACGGAUGGCAAGAUUACGAAUAUGGGUACGGACAGGGCGCUGAGAUGACAGACCCACACUUUGCUCAGUAUGAUGGAGGCUACAACAACUAUGAAGGAUAUCAUCAGAGUUCACCACCAUCCACAAUUGCAGAGGAAGGGGCGAGUGACGCCGGUCAGCAGGCGCCAACGCUUCUCCAACACAAGUCUCUGCAAGAUUUCAGGAGGACGCUACACACGAUGAAUAGCUUAGAUGAGGCACCUUUUCUUUUCAAUUUUUCCCCACAGCGACAACUCUUUGUUCAUUUUUUGUCGAUUUGGGUUUGUACAAAAAUUUUUAGCGCAACAGGCAUGAUUUUUGUGGUAUCAAGAUGAAAAGUCAAAAUGGUCAAUGUGGAUAUACUUGACAAGCGCGUCCUCAUAAAAACUCUAAUACGUAUACAGGCAUUGGGUCACCCGUUUUUGAUCGAGUAUGAGGCGAAGAACCGGAUUGACUUGUUGAAAAAGCUAGUUCGUCGAAACGGCGAAGGAUUUCAUCUGUCGGGAAAUUUAUGUGACAGUUCGGUAAUUAUGGCUGCACUCCAACGACUCGAGCGUGAGGAUGACGAAGGCAAGAAAGCGGCGGCGAGGGGUGGUAGAAGAUCGACCGUCAAAAAGCGCAAUACAACUCGGCCGAGCAGUGCGCAGCGGCGGACUACCGCUGCAGCUGUAAAUUCAAUGGCAGCACACGAACCCGGUAGCGUAACUCGAAUGCAAACGGCGAAUCAACAACAAAUAGUCGCGCUGAAAAGUCCGUAGCAGAAAGCUUCAGGCGUGGACUCUGCAAGAGCGAAGCAACAUACAUUGGGAUAAGGUAAAAUCUUGCGACGCGGAAAGGGGAUGUUGUGAGUAGUAUUUUUUGCAAAAGUAAUUUCGGGUAGCAAUUUGUUGUGUUGAUUUCGAUGUCGAUUUUGAUUUUCCCAUAGACGGAAGCAAAGACUUCUUCAUUCUACUUCCUUUGUAUUUCAUUUUUGCAUGCGCUCGGAACCACAAGCAGAUGCGCAGCUAUUUCGAAAACAGUGUCAUGCGAUAGUAUCGCACAUCUCAGAUUCGUUCCUGCAUUUGCAACAUCAUCGCACAUUGCGGCUAAACAAGACCACCACCCAUUUUACGACUUAUCGCCCGUGUCGCCUCCAUGCAUGAUGGACCUUCU